UGACAACUCGACAACUUGAGGAGAUGUCUGAUGUGCCGUGCCUUUAGAACUGGUCAUUUCCUCGGAGGCUACUGAAGAUGGAGGGACGUCUGACUCUCUUUGCGCUUCUUAUCGUCUUGGGGGGUUCAUCAGAAGCGACCGCUGGACAAGGUACUGGUACCUUUGUCAAUACAGGAAGUUCACAACCCAAGACACAGGGGCAACCAGGAAAAUGUUCAGGAAGCACUACCAACCUGGCCCUGAACCGCCCGGCGACCCAGUCUAGUACUGACUUUAGAGGAGCUCCCGGACGGGCUGUAGACGGGAACCGUAACGCCAUCUAUGCCAAAAAGUCUUGUUCUCACACGGGAAUGGAGCGGGAUCCAUGGUGGCGAGUCGACCUGGGCAGCAGUCAGUGUGUGGAUCGGGUGGUCGUCGUUAAGCGACAGCGCAUCGGCGGUCAUUGGCUGGACGGCUUCCAGGUUUACGUUGGCGACAACCCGAACGUGGUGGAAAACCCUACCUGUGGCAAAAAGCAGUCUGUUGCUGGGAAAGACGUCAUCACGGUGGACUGUGGCGGACUGACGGGCCGAUAUGUGGGGAUAGCUCUGCCGGGCAAGAAACAGUACCUCAUCCUGUGUGAGGUGGAAGUGUAUGGAGGAACGUCACCAACUGAAGUCAGCAGGCCAAUGUUGAAAUAUGGCCAAUGUGCUGAAGGCACUACCAACCUGGCUCUGAACCGCCCGGCGACCCAGUCUAGUACUGACUUUAAAGGAGCUCCCGGACGGGCUGUAGACGGGAACCGUAACGCCAUCUAUGCCAAAAAGUCUUGUUCUCACACGGCAAUGGAGCGGGAUCCAUGGUGGCGAGUCGACCUGGGCAGCAGUCAGUGUAUAGAUCGGGUGGUCGUCGUUAAGCGACAGCGCAUCGGCGGUCAUUGGCUGGACGGCUUCCAGGUUUACGUUGGCGACAACCCGAACGUGGUGGAAAACCCUACCUGUGGCGGAAAGCAGUCUGUUGCUGGGAAAGACGUCAUCACGGUGGACUGUGGCGGACUGACGGGCCGAUAUGUGGGGAUAGCUCUGCCGGGCAAGAAACAGUACCUCAUCCUGUGUGAGGUGGAAGUUUAUGGAGGUGUGACAAUGAAAACACAAAAGGCCGGACUGAUAGGUUCAGUGAAAGCUCAAGACGCCGGAUUGACAAGCUCUAGUCUGAAACUACAAGCACCUAAACCGAAAGGUGUGACAAUCAUUACACAAAAGGCCGGACUGAUAGGUUCAGUGAAAGCUCAAGACGCCGGAUUGACAAGCUCUGGUCUGAAACUACAAGCACCUAAACCGAAAGGAACGUCACCAACUAAAGUCAGCAGGCCAAUACCAAAAUAUGACCAAUGUGCUGAAGGCAUUACCAACCUGGCUCUGAACCGCCCGGCGACCCAGUCUAGUACUGACUUUAAAGGAGCUCCCGGACGGGCUGUAGACGGGAACCGUAACGCCAUCUAUGCCAAAAAGUCUUGUUCUCACACGGGAAUGGAGCGGGAUCCAUGGUGGCGAGUCGACCUGGGCAGCAGUCAGUGUAUAGAUCGGGUGGUCGUCGUUAAGCGACAGCGCAUCGGCGGUCAUUGGCUGGAAGGCUUCCAGGUUUACGUUGGCGACAACCCGAACGUGGUGGAAAACCCUACCUGUGGCGGAAAGCAGUCUGUUGCUGGGAAAGACGUCAUCACGGUGGACUGUGGCGGACUGACGGGCCGAUAUGUGGGGAUAGCUCUGCCGGGCAAGAAACAGUACCUCAUCCUGUGUGAGGUGGAAGUUUAUGGAGGUGUGACAUUAAAAACACAAAAGGCCGGACAGAUAGGUUCAGUGAAAGCUCAAGACGCCGGAUUGACAAGCUCCAGUCUGAAACUACAAGCACCUAAACCGAAAGCUUCCGUGCCUCCACCCGCACCUCAAGCGCCGAAGCCGAAGGUUGUCCAGACGACCAGCCAGAAGAAACCAGGCGCCGCCGGGCACGGAGUGGUCAUCACGAUCGGACGGGGCAGCUCCGGAGGAAGCUCUGGAUCAGCCGGGAAUGGAGCAAUUAACAUCAUUAACAACCAGAUCUCCGUAUACAGCAGCGGUGGUGGGUGUCACUGCAAAACAGCCAAAUGUGCCUGCCCAGGUAAUAAGGGAACAGACCCGUCCACUUCAAAGCCGGCUGGCCUGACUGAGAUACUGCUGGGCUCCGUAGAGCGAAAUGAGGAUAGCCCCUCCAACGUACAGGAGCUGGACACUGUGGAGACCGUCUCUGAGCCAUUUGUGAGUGAGGUGUCUGAAGAAAGAGUCGUCCUUCAGCCAGAAACACGCGAAACACAAGGUGACCUCGAGGAUCAGCUAGCUGACGGCAUGACUGUUUCUGAUGACGACAUGGCUGUUUCUGAUGACGACAUGGCUGUUUCUGAUGACUACACGGCUGUUUCUGAUGACUACACGGCUGUUUCUGAUGACGACACGACUGUUUCUGAUGACUACACGGCUGUUUCUGAUGACUACACGGCUGUGUCUGAUGACUACACGGCUGUUUCUGAUGACGACACGACUGUUUCUGAUGACGACACGGCUGUCUCUGAUGACUACACGGCUGUUUCUGAUGACGACACGACUGUUUCUGAUGACGGCACGGCUGUUUCUGAUGACGGCACGGCUGUUUCUGAUGACGACACGGCUGUUUCCGAUGACUACACGGCUGUUUCUGAUGACGACACGACUGUUUCUGAUGACGGCACGGCUGUCUCUGAUGACUACACGGCUGUUUCUGAUGACGGCACGGCUGUUUCUGAUGACUACCCGGCUGUUUCUGAUGACGACAUGGCUGUUUCUAAUGACGACAUGGCUGUUUCUAAUGACGACAUGGCUGUUUCUGAUGACUACACGGCUGUUUCUGAUGACUACACGGCUGUUUCUGAUGACGGCACGGCUGUUUCUGAUGACGACACGGCUGUUUCUGAUGACUACACGGCUGUUUCUGAUGACGACACGGCUGUUUCUGAUGACGGGUCGGCAGCCCAGGCUAGGGAGAAGCUCGAGGCGGUGGGCAGCAAGCUGAACACACUGCGCGAGUUGCUGAACCUCGCUUAGAUGCGACAUCUAACGACAUAAUGUAAAACUCCAGAUUGAAACUUAUUCAUUUAGUCUUUCAACAUGUGUUAAUCGAUAUCGUAACUAACCAGCGAAACAUCAUACAAUUUGCUAGGCAGGGACAUAUAUCGACAUGAUGUAGUACUGUAGAUCUAGACUUCCAUCAGUUUUCAAGCAUAUCGUUUGGUGACAAAAAAAGUAACCAACCAGCAAGACAUCAACAAAUUGGCUGGGCAAUAUAUACCAGUCAGAGUGUAAUGUAUUUGCCAGAUCUGCUUGCAGAUAAACUCCACUGUACACUGAAAAAUGUGGUGUCGACCUUAUUUAAUUUCUUUAAAGAUGACGGGUAUAAUCUCCAGCCAGAUGUAGGAUCCUACCUCAGCGUUUUGGUCGCAUUUUUCCUCUUUGGAGAAGGCGAAGAACAAAACCGAAAUAUGUAUACGUACCUUCAACUAUGUGAAAAAAAAAAACAAAAAU